CCUUCGAAUCUCCCCGAAGGGGCGGAGCGAAUCGAGAGCAAAAGCCCGAAGAGAAAAUACAGAGGGAAAAGAUGCAAGGGGCCGAGGAUUUAAGCAUCGAAGAUCUAGCUUCCAAUGUCUCCACAUACAAAGAUCAGCUACGCGAGAGAAUUGUAUUUUACCAUCUGGAGAAUAUGGAACAUAGCAAAGAAAGUCAUGUUGAAACCAUUUAGGUCAGAAAACUUUUGGCUGAUGACCCUGGAAACUCUGAAUAUGCAGAUAUGGAAAAGGAGCUUGAAGAGGUUAUUGCACUGACAGAGGAACUCUUGGUGACUGCAAAGCCAGCAGAUGCUAACCAGCUUGAUACAGAUGCAUCUCCCCAGGAUCAGUUUGGUGGAGCAUCUCAGUCGAAGGCAUCAUAUGAACAUUCUCAGCCGUAUGGAUUUUCUGCUGGUACUAAAGUUCAAGCGGUUUGGAGUGAGGAUGGGGAAUGGUAUGAUGCCACAAUCGAGGCUAUUACUCCUAAUGGGUAUUAUGUCUGCUAUGAUGACUGGGGAAACAAGGAGGAGGUGGAUCCUGCUAAUGUUCGACCAGUUGAAGAGGGUGAUGCAUUGUUAGAAGCUGAAAGAGAAGCUGAGGCUACCCGACAAGCCAUCAAAAGGAAAAUUGCACAAGCUGCUACAACCGACUUCCAAGCACGUACCUUACCUGCCAAACUUCAUAUUGAUCCCAAUGAUCCUGAUGAUGUGAAAGCUUCUAAGCGCAAGAAGAUACAUGCUUUCAAGUCAAAGGUUCGCAGUGAACAACUAGAAGUUGCACAAAAUAAGCGGCAGAAUGCAUGGCAGCAAUUCCAAUCCACCAAGGGAAAAACUAAGAAGAUUGGAUUCUUCUCGGGUCGUAAACGAGAAAGUAUCUUCAAGUCCCCAGAUGAUCCUAGGGGCAAGGUUGGUGUUACUGGCAGUGGAAAGGGACUGACAGAGUUCCAGAAGAGGGAGAAGCACUUGCACCUCAAGGGAGGUUCGGUGGAUGCAGAGGACUAAGUUUGUGGACUGUUUAGAUUGAUACUCCUUCCUACCCUCAGCUAAAACAGGGUCUCAUGACUCGAUGAGGAUUCACAUGUAGUCUUUUCCAAGUGCACUUGAUGCUUUGUUUCUCGACAUCAUUUUAAUUAGUUGGAUACGCAGCAGUGCCUUCUUAUAA